AUGUUAAGAGUUAAGGCAAAAAUAACGUUUGAAGAUGCUAUUAAAAGUAAAGCUGACAAAGUUGAACUCGAAGCAACGAACAAAGUUUUGAAAUCUCAUAAACACAACAUCUCCGAUAUAAAUGAACUUCAAGCUACAUUAGACAGUAAAGCUGACAAGAACCAUACACAUAAAUCCUUCACUACUGUUAGAGCAGACGACAUAAUAUUGAACUUUGACCUUGGUUCAAGUGCACCAUUAGAAAAUCCAAGUACAAGCGUAAAAGAUACUCUUAACAGUUUAGAUAAGAGUUGCAGGAACAUUGAAAGUCAUGCCAGAAACUUUGAAGCAUAUGAACUACCAACAAUGUUAGAUAAGAAAGCAGACAAAACUUAUGUGGAUGCAGAACUAACAAAGAAAUUUUCGAAACCAGAUACAAUGACAUUUACAACAGAAAUUAUAAAUGGUGAACCAGCAACUCCAUUUGAAUUUGUUAGAGGUCUUCAACCAGAUACUUUUGAAUUUUUCUUGGAUAAUUCUAUUGAACUAACAUUACAUUAUAAAAGUGGAACAAAUGCAACAUUUCAUCCGGGAGAUACAUUCCAAAUGGUAUUUAAUGACAUAAGUUCUUUAGAAUAUGUUUAUAGAGUUAUGAGCAUAUAUGAUUUAAUAUAUCCUAUAGGAGCUGUUUAUACGUCUAUGAAUCCAAUAAAUCCAAACACUUUAUUUGGUGGUAGAUGGUAUGAAAUAGUUGACAGUUUUCCAUUCUACACUAAUACUCAGUCAAUGAAGAUGGGAGGUUCAAAGAAAAUAGGUAUUGAAAACCUUCCUUCACAUAUGCAUAGGUUCAGU